AUGAGCGACCCAGAAAUCUCCAAAUAUAACAUGUGUAAGAAGCUUUCGCAACUGCACAAGGUUAUACAAUACUUAUUAGUGAAUUUAGAUGAACAGAGAUUUCAAGUUGAGAUAUUAUCGAAAGAUUAUCAGUCAAACGAACGCACAAUUUUCGAUAAUUAUGAGCAAAAUGCAACAAGAAUCAUUAAUAACAUCAAUGUUGGAUUAAAUAUCGAUUCUGUACAUAAAUCUUUUUAUAGAAAAUAUGACAUUUUAAAAACAGGAUUCAAUCAUGUAUUCAAUGAAUCAAAUAAAGAAUUUGAUUCAUGGGAAAAUUCAAUUCAACAAGCAAUUGGAGCAAUAAUCGCAGAAAUUACAGAAAUUAAUGAAGAAAUCAAAUCUCAAAGCAAUAAUAUAAACGAGAAAUUCUCAAAAUUCAAUACAGAGCUACAACAAAAUAUAAAAAACGCGUCUUUUCAAUCCAGAAAAGAAUUAGCUGCAAUCGAUAAAGAUAAUAGAACGAGAUAUGCACAACUACAAAGUGAAUCCGAAGAAAAAAUCAAUAAUCUCAUGAAAUCUUUUGAAGAAAAGAAAAAAGGAGAAGAAACAAAAAUUCGAGCUUCAACUCCUCUUCCAAAUAUGGGUCGGAGAUCUUCAAAAUCACAAAAAGAAAGGAUUUAUAAUAUCAGAGAAGCUGCUUCAUCCCUUAAAAAGUCAAUUUCUGCAACAGAAAAUACAAAUAAAAAUAAUUUUGUUGGAUUCCAUUCGAGAGUUCGUGCUAUGAUAGAUCAAAUGAAUGAAUUGAAAGAAAAUAAUCAAAAAGAAGUAGAAAAUUUUCAUAAUAUAAUUGAAAAUCUCGAAUCAGAAUUACAACAAGAAAAAUCGACAGCUGAACUUGAAAAAGAAGAAUUAGCUAAAGUACAUGAAAAAGAAGUCAAAGAUCUUGAAAAAGAGCUUGAAAAUGAAGAAAAAAGUUAUAAAUCAGAGUAUGAACAUCUUAGUCGAUUAUAUGAUAAAGAUAUAUUUGGCCAGAGUUCAGAAACUGAUUCAAUACGUCAGAAAUUUUCUCCAGAAGCUCUUGACCUUCAAAAUAAUCAAAAACAAGAAAUUAGUUUACUUAACACUUCAAUAAAUGAUUUGAUGACUGAAUUAUCAAUAUUUAAAGAAAGAGCUGAUGAUAUAAUUGCAAAAUUGGUUCGAAAACAAGCAGAAAUGGCAAAUUCUUUUGAUGACAUCGUAAAAGAAACAAAAGACAGGUACGAUAAUGAUAUAUCUGAGUAUAAGAAGGAGUUAGAAGAGGAAAUGGCUUCAAAAAAGUUCCAAAUUGAAAAUAAUAAAUCAAUAAAAUCAAAAUCUCAAAAUUCUGAGAUUGAAAUCAAGAAAUAUAAGGCUACUUUAUCAGGAUUAAUCGGUGCCUAUCAUGCAAAAAUAGGUACAUUGAAAGAAACAGAAGAUGCAGAAAUUUAUAAGUUAAAAAGUUCAUUUGAGACCAAUUUCCAAACCGAAUCAAAGAAGCUUGAUGCAGAAUAUGGAUCAAUGAAAGCUAAAUCUGAUAUAAAUUUUGAAAUCGCUUCUCAAAAAAUUCAAAGAGAGUUUUUAGACUUCCAAUCUAAACUAAACUCGGAAUCUUCAAAGAAUUUGGAUAUGUUUGAUGAUAAUUUUGAUGAAAUUAAUAAAAUUGAAGAAAAAUAUCAAAAUGAAUUUGAUGAAUUGAAGAAAGAAUACGUCAAAAUUAUGCAAGUUAGCCCUCCAAGAUCCGAAAUAUCCGUUGUAAAUCAUUACAAUUUCUUGCUGGCAGAAAAGUCCAAAAAAAAUGAAGCAAUUAAAUUGGAACGCGAGGAGAUGAUAGCUGAUUUCAAAAGAGAAUAUGAUUCCCUUACAAAUACUCGUCCAAGAACUAGUUCAAGUGAUAAUGUUGAACAUAGAAUUGGACAAGCCAAAAUUAAGAUGAUGAGUAAGCUUGUUCAAUACGAUAACACUAUUGCUUCUAUGUUGAUAGAUCUAAAGAAACAAAAACAAAGAGCAUUAGAUAUUGCAAUUACUUCAGAUGAUCCAAAUACUGACAGUUUGAAGGCACAUUUGCAAAAUUUGCAAGAAGAAAGUAGUGAAACUAUCAAUAAACGUAAGGAAAUUGUUGAUAGCGAGAUCAGAGCUCUUCAAGCUGAAUUAUAUACAGAAAUUGAGACACAAAAGACAGAAAGUGCUAAACUAACCGCAAAAUAUGAGUCAGAGAUUGUGAUUUUAAGAUCAGAAGAACAGAAAUUGAUAGAAAAGAAGGUAAAUUCACAAAGAGCUUUUGAUAUUAAAUAUAAAUCUUUCAUUGAAGUUGCCAAAAAGCAAAUGGAAGAACUUCUCAAGUCAAUAACAGAUUUAAAGACAGGAAGAGUCAACAAAAUAGAAAAUGCUUCUCAAAAAGCAAAACUCGAAGCUGAUAAGCAGAAUUUAUAUAUAAUAGAAAACGAAAAACGCUUGGAGAAGCAGUUGAAAGAGGAAACAUUAAGAAUUAUGAAGGAGAAAGAAAAAUUAUCAAAUAAUCACAAAAAAUAUGAAUCUCCUGAAAUUGAUGAAGCCCAAAGAAAGCUGGAUGAAGCAAAGAAGAAAAUGUCGUUAAGAGGACCAAGGUCUGAAGAGCAGGAUCAAAUAGAAAAAUUAACUCAAGCUCUUCAUGCCAAAAAUCAAUAUUUAAUUAUGGUAGGACGAGAUAUGCUUGACUAUAGGUCACGUCUAAUCGAGCAGGAGCAGGAAGUUGACGCUCGAUUUGGCUAUGAACCUUUAGUUUCAAUUGGAAGUCAAGCUUAUAAUAUAAAGCGGCCAUUAACUGCAGUCUCGACGCUUAAAAAGCUUCCUAGACUGCCUGCUCCAAAUAUAGAGUAA